UUUCCGCAAGGUGGCGACUACGGCGGGCGCAGACUAAACCAACAGACGUGCGACUUUUUUCUAUACGAAAAGCCUAAGAGCAAGUGCAAAUCCCGAGCAACGCAAUGGCCGCUAGAUUCAUACAGAAAAUUGUCAACACAACUCCCGCGGCCAGCCGGGCCUACUCGUCCGGGGCCAAGAAGGUCACGCUGAUUCCCGGCGAUGGCAUCGGACCCGAGAUCUCCGCUGCCGUGCAGAAGAUCUUUACGGCCGCCAAUGUGCCCAUUGAGUGGGAGGCCGUCGAUGUGACCCCCGUUCGUGGCGCCGAUGGAAAGUUUGGCAUUCCACAGGCCGCCAUCGAUUCGGUAAACACGAACAAGAUCGGCCUUAAGGGACCCCUGAUGACCCCCGUGGGCAAGGGCCAUCGCUCGCUUAACCUGGCCCUCCGCAAGGAGUUCAACCUGUACGCCAACGUGCGACCCUGCCGCAGCCUCGAGGGCUACAAGACCCUGUACGACAACGUGGACGUCGUCACCAUUCGCGAGAACACCGAGGGCGAGUACUCGGGCAUUGAGCACGAGAUUGUCGAUGGCGUUGUCCAGAGUAUCAAGCUGAUCACCGAGGAGGCCUCCAAGCGUGUGGCCGAGUACGCCUUCCAGUAUGCCAAGAACAAUAACCGCAAGAAGGUGACCGUUGUGCACAAGGCGAACAUUAUGCGCAUGUCCGACGGUCUGUUCCUGCGUUGUGUGCGCGACAUGGCCCAGAAGUUCCCGGAAAUCCAGUUCGAGGAGCGUUACCUGGACACGGUGUGCCUGAACAUGGUGCAGAAUCCCGGCAAAUACGAUGUGCUGGUGAUGCCCAAUCUGUAUGGUGAUAUUCUGUCUGAUAUGUGCGCCGGUUUGGUCGGCGGUCUUGGACUGACGCCCUCUGGCAACAUGGGCCUGAAUGGAGCCCUGUUCGAGUCCGUGCACGGCACUGCCCCCGAUAUUGCCGGAAAGGAUCUGGCCAAUCCUACUGCCCUGCUGCUGUCUGCAGUGAUGAUGCUGCGCCAUAUGGAGCUCAACCAGUAUGCGGAUAAGAUCGAGCGCGCUGCCUUCGAGACAAUCAAGGAGAGCAAGUAUCUCACUGGCGAUCUCGGUGGCCGUGCCAAGUGCUCCGAGUUCACAAACGAGAUCUGCUCCAAGCUGUAGACGGCAGAGCGGCAGAACCGCCCACUCCCCCACACAAAAACUGUAGCCAGUAUAUCGUCUCAUCAACAACAACAACCGAAGAGAACCGAAAACAUCAGAUUGAAGCAGAAGCAGAGUCAGAGGAGAGGCCUCACCAUGAGGAUGCAGCAUGAACAACAGCAACUGAACACUCGCCCUUCGAAACCAAAAAAAAAAAGAAAAGAAAAGUUAAAUCAAUAUGUAGCAGCAAUAGCCACACUCACAACACCUUGCCGCCAGUUUCCAGCGUUUAAAAGCCCUUUCAAAAUUCUGCCAAAAAGAAAACAAAACCCCAAACAAACAAAAACAAAAGUCAUCAAUCAAAGUGAAAGAGAAAAAGAGCUACCCAAAGUAUUUUUAUGUUCGAAUACUUAUGUAUAUUAUUUAAUUUGCUUAGGCCAAAAUGCUAGCAAGUGUUGAAAUUCGUUAGUUUUGCCAAUUCUACUUGCUUGCUUGUUAGUAAAGUAUUUUUUGUAGCCAUCCAAAACCAGAGAACCCUGAGCUAUUAUUGUCUAUAUCGAUCCUAUAUGCCGCCAGGUAAUUGUAAUUAUUUAUUGAAUAUUCAUUGAUUUAAGCCCCCCAGACCCAGCCCCCAAAUUAAGUAAAAAAGAGUAAAGAGAAAAGGCAAGCAAAGACUAGUUGAGUGUAAACGGUUACAAUAAUUUUAUGAUGGAAGAACCACAACAACAGCAAACCAAGAGAGCAAAUACACACAAAUGCUAUGAAAUGAAAAGCAAUUGUUAUUGAUAAUUAAGCGGAAUGUAAUGCGAAAGCAUCAUGCAAUUGUUAAAACUCAAUAAAGGAAAAACUAAAUACCCAAA